AUGGCGACCGUAACCGAGCUGAAGGCUGUCUUAAAAGACACCUUGGAAAAAAAAGGCGUGUUAGGGCAUUUAAAAGCAAGAAUCCGAGCUGAAGUUUUUAAUGCCCUAGAUGAUGACCGUGAACCUCGACCACCAUUGUCCCAUGAAAACCUUCUAAUUAAUGAAUUAAUUCGGGAGUAUUUGGAAUUCAACAAAUACAAGUAUACAUCUUCUGUCCUUGUAGCAGAAUCUGGUCAACCUGCCGUGCCAUUGGACAGACAAUUCCUCAUCCGUGAACUGAACUCAUUGGAAGAACCAAAGGAUAAUACAAUACCACUGUUAUAUGGGAUUUUAGCGCAUUUCUUACAUGGAUCUAAGGAUGGCAUCCAGAAUGCGUUUCGGAAUGGGUCUUCACUUCAGCUUCCAAGCCCAAAUUUUAGCAGACAGCAAAGUAGAAGAAAGAAAAUGGCAGGCAGGGGUGUGUGUGUGAAGGGUUCCCUCCCCCGCACCCCGCUGCCUGCGAGGCCGCUCGGCACCAUAUUUAGUCAGGGGGAGCGGGCAGCCCGAGGCUGGUAUGCGGCGCUGGGAAUUCCUGCUGGAAGGAGCCCGCGCCUGCCCUUUUUGGGAUGUCUCCCGCCCAGCGCCCCUCAUCCGCCGCGCCCGGACCGGGAAGAUCGGAGCCUGAGCCGGGCGGGAGCUGAGCGCUGGGACCGCCGGCGACCCGGCCUGGCGCGCGGCCAGCCCACCGCCACGACUGCCUUUUAA